AACGUUACCCAAACAGUCUCCACGUGCCUCUAGAAAAGGUCCGGCAACGUCGUCUAAGAUGUGGUUGCCCCAAACAGGAGGACUCUCCAAUUUUCUGCUUCGGUUCUGCAUAAAUCCCCGUCUGAUGGUCCCAAGGUUUGGGGGAGGCGUUGUGGGGGUUGGAGAAAGAGGAGGAGAGAAAUACUCGUACACUUGAAGGGGAAGGAGAGCCUGUUUCAUUCUUCAGUGUCUCUUCCUGGUUCCCGUUUAAACGCAUCGGCGGCUUGGUCAUUGGUCAGUGAGUGGGAUUGCAAUGGGGAGGGUUCACCUGAUGUACCUCCAUGGAAGGAUAUACACAUGCAAGUACUGUCAGACCCAUCUCGCCCUCGUCGAAGACGUCGUUUCUAAGCAGCAGUUUCACUGCAGGCACGGAAAGGCAUAUCUUUUCAACAAAGUGGUAAAUAUCUUGCUGGGGUACAAGGAAGAGAGGAUGAUGAUCACUGGAUUGCAUACUGUUUCUGAUAUAUUUUGCAUCGGAUGUGGAUCAAUUGUAGGGUGGAAAUAUGAGGUUGCUCCUGACAAGGCACAGAAAUACAAGGAGGGGAAGUUCAUAUUAGAGAGGGUUAAGGUGGUCGACUUCGAUGGGACCAACUUUUGGGUGAGCAGUGAAGCACAAGUAGGUGGAAGUGAUGCGGAUGAUGCAGGAGAUUGAGUAUCAAUGGACAACAGAAGUAGCAGUAACCUGAUCUUAUAUUCUUGUUCAUUGAUGUCCUAAAGAGUACUGGCACUUCUGCUAUGCUUAUGGACUCGAGGUCUCUGCUUCCUGCACAUCAUGUUCCAAGUUUGUUGCUAGCACUUGCUCUUUGUACAUAUUUCGCCACUUCUAUUGAAGUUUGCACUAAUGCAAAGCCAUGAACUAGGUCGUCCAUGUUCUUCCACAGA